UCACUUAGUUACGUAGUGUCAUGUAUAAAGUGUGCACUGUGCAAGUGGGUCUCGUCAGUUUUGCUUUUAAUUCAAAACGUGCAAGAUGAUGUUCUAUUAUAAAACUCAUAAACUUUGAUAUUUAUAAACUCGGAUGUGGUAUAUAACAAUCCCACUGCUGUUGACCACGACACCGUUUGGUGUUUAAUCCAAGUCAAAUCUCGUAGCAUUAACCGUUGAAAUAUUGGCGAUAAAUGUUCUUUAAUGUGUUCCUGCGCGCGUUUCAGAACCAUUAUGUGUGUCCAUCAAACUAACUAGCGCACAAUAUUUCAAGGAGUUAUCACUGUCAUCGAGAAACAGCGGUAAUAGAACUAUACCCAAAAGAAGCUGGCAAUAAAAACAUCGCAACUGCUUCGCAUAUAUUUUGAAAAUGUGUACGUUUUAUCAUUUGCGACGAUUUUGCAGUCAACGAGAGGCCUCAAGUCGAGCAGUUAUAACCUAAAAGCCGCACGUGCACUACGUCGUCAUAUUGGAGAGAGCGUAGAGUGAAAAGUACAGUGUGCAAGGCGCAAGGAUUCAUAUAUUCGAGACUUCGGGAACAGCUGUUGCUGUUGCGCUUUAACCAUGGCAACAACAGCCGACCAACUAAUGGCACCUGCCCUGGUACCGACCAGCAACGGGCAACAGUCGGUGCUGAUUGUCGGGACGAAACUGCAGGCGAGCACGAACUCAAAUUCAGAUUCAAAUCAAAAUUUACCCAAAAAAAAGAAAACUGCUGCAGUACAGCAGCAACAGCAACAGCAUCAGCAUCAAGUGGAUAGCAAAAGGUCUGCCUUGGCAAAACCAGAUGCCAUGAAUGCCAGCCUGAAGCUAAAGAGCUCCGAGCCCAUCAAGGAAGUUCGGGUCUAUAAAAUUGUACUCACUGGCGGUCCCUGCGGCGGCAAGACAACUGGCCAGAGUCGCCUGUGCACCUUCUUUGAGAAUCUGGGCUGGAAGGUAUUCCGCGUGCCUGAAACGGCCACUGUACUACUCAGCGGCGGCGUCAAGUUCUCCGAUCUGACCGAGGAUGAGGACCCGCCCACGCCAAGCACCUUCGUUUACAAAGAUCUGCCAUUUGCCGCACCGGAGCACAGUAUCAUCGAUCUGACCGCAUCCUGUCCACGUUGCCUGGCCCAGGCUGCAUCCAAGCCGAAUGGCAGCGAAGCUUAUAAGUUUCAGGAAAAUCUGAUACGCACAAUGGUGCAAAUCGAGAACACAUAUUUCGAGCUGGGCAACUCGAACACCCGCAACGUCCUCAUCAUCUGCGAUCGCGGCGUCAUGGAUGCCAGCGCAUAUAUAUCGAAGGACAAGUGGGAGAAAAUGAUGGCGGCCAACAAAUGGAAUCCCGUGGAGAUGCGCGACAAUCGCUACAAUCAAAUUCUACACUUGGUAUCGGCCGCAAAUGGUGCCGAGGAUUUCUACUCGACAGAGGACCACGCCUGCCGCUCUGAGGGCGUUGAGCUCGCCCGUGAGCUGGACUACAAAUCGGCCGCUGCCUGGGUGGGACAUCCCUAUUUUGAUGUUAUUGAUAACUCCACCGAUUUUGAGACCAAAAUGAAUCGCAUGAUUGAAUCCGUGUGCCAAAAACUGGGCAUCGAUAUUGGCGAUCGUUUGCAGGCCACCUCAAGGAAACUCAAAUAUUUGGUUGCCUCGCUGCCGCCUGAAAGCGAAUUUCCACCCUUCCAAGAUUUUGAUGUGGAACAUCAUUAUCUGCAGUCCACCUUCCCCAAGGUACAGGCGCGUCUUCGCAAGCGCGGUCAGAAGAAUCACUGGAGCUACAUAUACACCCAGCGGCGUCCCAAUAUACAUGGCCAGAACCGCAUCGAGGUGAAGACACAGCUAACACAUCGCGACUAUAUCAACCUACUAGCUCAAUGUGAUGAUGCGCACUAUACCAUCUAUAAGACGCGUCGUUGCUUUCUGAUUAACAAUCAAUAUUUCCAACUGGACAUCUAUAAGGAGCCGGGUCAUCCACGCUGCAAGGGAUUGGUGCUUUUGGAGACCUACUCCUCGCUAACGGGCGAUGCGCUGAAAAACUGCAUGCCCAAGUUUUUGAACAUUGUUAAGGAGGUUACCGGUGAUCCGGACUAUUCAAUGUUCAAUCUGUCACUUAAGGAGGACUGGAGUACCAGCGAGAAGUACUGCCGUCCGACAAGCCAUGGUAAGCAGAAGCAGACACUACCGCCGCCGCCGCCUCCUCCGCCAGAGAGGCAUUAUCAUCCGUAUGAUGAGAACAGCGACUAAGGCAGCUUCUCCCGUCAACCGCAUGCAUCAACAUCAUCAUACCCUGGUGCUGGCGCCAUCAAAGCCAAAGAUUGUGUAGUCCAAUAGUUGCUUUCUAAAUUGCUGUACAUAUGCUACCUACAUUUUCCAAACGCUUUUAACGCAUGUCGAAUUUGCGAAUUUUCCUCCUAUCCCCAAAUCCUUCUUCAUUAACUUGGCUUUUGAUUUUGGCCUGAUCUUUGUACUUUUCUUUUAAUUUGUAGCUAAGGGAGCCACACGCGGAGUAACCCAUACCCCAUCGGUGCUCAAUGGGCAUUAGAUGUUAAUGUAGAAUCUCUCUCUUACACACACACACACACACACACACACCCGCACACAGCCUCAACAUUUGACCUGGCUAACUUAAUACAAUUAACUCUCGUUUGGCACAUGUACAGCAUAUAAAAACUAAAUGUGUAAUUGAAAUUAGUUGUGUCCAACAAAGUUGAAUACUGCUAACUCGUUGGCCACAAUUCUAUUCAAUAAUCAUUAUUAUAAUUGUAUUUUUUGGUUUGCACCCACAUUUGUGUACUUUAACUGAGAUGUUACUAUUGUGUAGCUGAUGUCUAGUUUAAUUUUACAGCAAAUUAAAUAAUUAAUUACAUAUAUAUAUGACGCCCGAUUGUACUUAAUUUUUUUUUGCUGAUUUUCGGUCAUAUAUGUUAAAAAGCUCGAUAAUAUUCGAGAAAUUCAUAUUCUUUUUAGUUGUAUAUUCUGUGUCUAAAUUUAAAUGUAUCUUUAGCUAAUGUAAUAAAAAAUCAACUAAACAAAAAACAAGAAGUUUUUUUGUAGUAAGGCGAAAAUAAACCAGCUAAGUGAAGUCCGCUCAAAAA